AAAAAAAAACCAAAAAAACCACAAAACAAAAAAGACAAAAAAGACAAAAACGACUCAUAUACAAUAUUCCCCUUCCCCAUUUCCCUAACUUUUAUCACCCGUUCAAAGCCAAAAGUGAAAAAAAAAAGUGAAAAACACAGAAAACCCAAUUACCCUCAUCACUCUUUUUUGUCAGUUUCCCCAUUUAAUAUUUUUAUACUCAUCGCUUCUCUCCACCUAGUCCCUGAUAUUCCCCAUCUUAUUAUUUAUCCCAUCUUUUAUUUUAUUUUUCUUUCUCAAACAAUUUUUUUCAUAUGCCAGUCCAUUCUAUUCAAGCACCUUCCAAGCCACGGCGAUUCCUGAAUUACCUAUUAUCGUUGAUUGGUUUCGAUAGCUCGAACGAUGAACCUACUAUAAGCUCCCCAAGAAGCUCCAGAAGCUCACUGGCAAGUGUGCCUGGACUGACAUCCUCCGGAAGUAGUAUGCUUUCCGCUUCUACCCUCUGGGUGAGUCAUGACGACGGCGAUGUUGGUAAGGCAUCCGGGCGGGGACUGUAUUCCGACAUCUGGGCCUUGGAGACCUGGAUCACCGGGUUACCCAAAGUGGCACUAUGCCACAUCUUAUCCUCCACUGUCAUGCAGUUUCCGGAAUUGAUCCAAACCAUUGAAGACGAUGGUCACUUUGAGGGAAUGAUCGGACCGCCCUCACCACAUGAAGUCGAUCUUGCCGAUGAACUUCAAUGUAUCAAAAAGCGAGCUCACCAGAUCGUCCAUCAACUUGAUCACCUUCGCAUGAGCGACCAAUUCAAGCGAGCCUCUGAAGUGGCCGAUGAAAUGCAUCGGCUCGUGCGCCUCUGCAGCAAUACACUCCAUGCCGCCCCUCAUGGACAUUCACUGUUUGCUUUGGCGGGCCUUAUCUGCAUUGUAGCCGAAGCCGCUCUUGCCCCAGUGGAAGUCAAGCAGCAUCUUUUCUGCACCACCAAAUUUGGCAGAAGUGUGAUCCUCGAAAUGGGAAGUGUGAUGAAGCUUUUCAAAGGCGCCCCAUUGGCAUCUUCCCAGAAAAAGGCGCUGCUAGACGUACUGAAUGGCGAUACUGAUGAUGAGUCCAAUUGGAUGAAUCAUCUUCACCACGCCUGCGCGAUCAUGAAACAUUAUGAUCCUCAUUGGGACUUUGCCAAUGAAUACGAUCAAGUAUCAGAUAUUGUUUCUCGUUACUGUUCUUAAAGUAUCGAUUUGGCUUUCUUUUUCUUCUUUAAUUUGAAUUCUGCAAAAUCAAUAAAAAUGCUCGUUAUUUGCUUCGUAAGCGUGUG